AUGGCGACUUCUUGCUCGCUGUCCUCCGUAUCACUUGUGUUAAUCCAACCCCACAACGGUUUGCUGAUGAAGCUCCCUCGUAGAUGGUUCUCCCGAAAUAUGUUGAAAACCUCUGCUUCUGCCUUCCAUACCUAUAAUGUUUUGUGUAGGCGGCCAUUGUCAGAAUCUAAAAGGCGAUGCUUGACAAAUUUCUCUGUUGGGUCUGUUGGAAAUUUGUCACAGAUGGCUUCAUCUCAGAAGCCUGAUGCUCCAGGUCUCCACCACUUCAUGCCCAAAGCUACAGUUGCUUCUUCCGAACCACAAAUGAUCGAUCCAAUAGCAACUUCAGAAGUUCUUCCAAAAGGUCGUAUUUAUCAAGAAACGUAUGGAUGUCAGAUGAAUGUCAACGACAUGGAGAUUGUCUUAUCUAUCAUGAAGAAAGCUGGCUACAGUGAAGUGGUCGAUGUUCCCGAGAGUGCAGAGAUAAUAUUUAUCAAUACUUGUGCAAUUAGGGACAAUGCGGAACAAAAGGUGUGGCAAAGGCUCAACUACUUUUGGUUCCUUAAGAGACACUGGAAAAGCAAUGUAAAGAUUGGGCGAUCACAGUCCCUUCAUCCUCCAAAAGUUGUUGUACUUGGUUGCAUGGCCGAGAGGUUGAAGGACAAAAUAUUAGAUGCAGAUAAGAUGGUUGAUGUGGUGUGUGGUCCUGAUGCUUAUAGGGACCUGCCACGCCUUCUGGAAGAGGUAGAUUCUGGCCAGAAAGGGAUCAACACUCUACUUUCACUUGAAGAAACUUAUGCUGAUAUCAGUCCCGUUCGUGUCUCCAAAGACUCAAUCAGUGCUUUUGUCUCAAUCAUGAGAGGUUGCAAUAAUAUGUGUUCCUUUUGCAUUGUUCCUUUCACCAGAGGCCGAGAGAGAUCACGGCCUGUGGAAUCAAUUGUCAGGGAGGUGGGAGAACUUUGGAAUGAAGGCGUUAAGGAAGUUACUCUUCUUGGUCAAAAUGUGAACAGUUAUAAUGAUACAUCAGGAAUUGAGAAAGAGGUUGAACCAGGAUCGAACUGGAAACUUAGCGAAGGUUUUUCCAGCAGGUGUAAGGUGAAAAACAUGGGUUUGCGUUUUGCAGAUCUACUGGAUAGACUUGCUGUGGAAUAUCCAGAGAUGAGGUUCAGAUUUACUUCUCCACAUCCUAAAGAUUUUCCAGAUGAGUUAUUAUAUGUAAUGAGAGAUAGACACAACAUAUGCAAAAGUAUCCAUUUACCGGCACAAACAGGGAGCAGCACUGUAUUGGAAAGAAUGCGGCGUGGUUACACUAGGGAAGCAUAUUUGGAACUGGUAACUAAGAUACGCAGUACAAUUCCUGAUAUGGGGAUUAGCAGUGAUUUCAUAUGUGGGUUUUGUGGCGAGACAGAGGAGGAGCAUCAGGAUACACUUAGCCUCGUCAAGACCGUAGGUUAUGAUAUGGCAUACAUGUUUGCAUACAGUAUGAGGGAGAAAACCCAUGCCCACCGGACUUAUGUUGAUGAUGUUCCUGAAGAUGUAAAGCAGAGACGGCUAGCAGAACUCAUAGAAGCUUUCAGGGAGAGUACAGGUCAGUGCUUUGACUCCCAAGUGGGCACUGUCCAGCUAGUGUUAGUUGAAGGACCCAAUAAGAGAGCCCCGGACACAGAGCUUAUUGGCAAAAGCGAUAGAGGCCACAGGGUAUCUUUCAGAAACCUGCCACUCCCAGAUAUGGUUGAUAAUGCUGGUAAAAGAAAUCCGAAAGUUGGUGAUUUUGUGGAAGUUCGUAUAACAAAAUCAUCGAGAGCCUCAUUGUCUGGAGAAGCACUAGCAAUUACUAAACUGAGCUCUUUUUACGGCAUUCUGCAAGAAAAUACUGCUGUUUGUGCAGGCAGCAUUUGA